AUGUCCUUAUUAAAAGUAGCAAUCAUUGGUGCCAAUGGUAAGGUUGGUAGACUAUUAAUUAACAGGCUUAAGGCUUAUCCUUCAAAAUUUGAUAUACCAUUAGCAAUUGUCAGAACUAAAGAACAGAAGGAAUAUUUUGAACAAGAGGUGGGUGUAAAGGCUUCGUUAACAAGUAUCGAGGAUUGUACUGUCGAUGAAUUAACCGUUGCUAUUAAAGGAUAUGAUGCUGUUGUGUUUUCUGCUGGGGCUGGGGGUAGGGGAAUUGAAAGAAUUUUUACUGUUGACUUAGAAGGCUGUAGAAAGGCCAUGGAAGCUUGUGAGAAGAUCCAUAUUUCAAGAUUUUUGGUUGUUUCAGCUGUUAAAGCUGAUGUUCGUUCUUUCUGGUGGAAUACUGGGUUGCGUAAUUACUAUAUUGCAAAAAGCGCUGCAGACGAGAUCACGAAAAAUUCUAAAUUAGAUUUUACAAUUUUACAGCCUGGAUGGUUAGGAACUGAUAAAGGUACUGGUAGAUUUCAGCCACUUGAUAGAUUUGAAGAAAAAUCGCCAAAUAAUUACGCAAUUGAAAGAGAAGAUGUUGCUGAAGCUUUAGAAUAUUCUAUUUUAAAUCCAAAACUAACCGCAAGAAAGGUUAUCCCAUUAGCCAAUGGGGAUAAACCAAUUGACUUUGUAUUUAAACAUAUGUAA